UGUCAGGCCUGAUCCAAUAAUCAAUCUGCCUAUCGCUUGAUUGUUGCCAACUCUGGUGGUCAUAGCCGUGCUGUAGACAUGCAUGCCCCGCCGUGGGGCAGUACGCAAGCUUCAAAGCUCCGUGGUGGAUGUUGAUGGUCUGGAAAAGUAUCUAGUUGGUACUCACGUCCUCUAUUGAGCCGUCCUCUAUUGAGCUGCACACUCCAAAUUCUGCUAUCACUCCCAACAUGGCUUCUCAUCCAUUGCAACGAUGCUGCGCGAUCGGCGUCAAGCACAAAGGCACGCCUAAGGGAGGAAUCAAGAAUAUCGGCGACAUCCGCGCAUACACCAUCUACCCCGAGAACGGCAGCACCCAGAACGCCGUCUUAAUCAUGACCGACGCCCUCGGCUUCGAGUUCCCCAACGUCCAACUUAUUGCCGACCAAUUCGCAGCAAACGGCUACUACACCAUCAUUCCCGAUGUCCUCAACGACAACAUCAUCCCGUUCAACCCGGGUCCAGAAUUCGACUUCGCUUCCUGGAAAGCGAACAAAAUGCCCCGCGAAGGCACUGUCGAUCCCAUCUACGCUACCAUCAUCAAGUACCUGCGCGGCGAACUUGGUGUGAAGAGACUGGGGGGCGUGGGCUACUGUUUUGGAGGGAAAUAUGUGUGCAGGUGGCUGAAGCCUGGGGGUCUGGACGCGGGGUUCACGGCGCAUCCGAGUUUUGUGGAGGUCGAGGAGUUGAAGGGGGUACAAGGGCCAUUGAGUAUUGUUGCUGCUGAAACGGACACGAUUUUCCCCGCCGAGAAGAGGAGGGAGACAGAGGACAUUCUCAAAGAGAUGAGUGUACCGUAUCAAAUGACACUGUAUUCGGACGUCGAGCACGGUUUCGGUGUCAAGGGCGACUUGUCACAUCAGAGGGCGAGAUUCGCGAAGGAACAGGCGUUCAUGCAAGCUGUGUUCUGGUUCGAUGAGUAUGUCAAGAAGGAGAACCACGAUACUCCGAUACCGAAGCCUGGACUUUAGAUGUAUGUAGAAGGUAUCCAC